AAGCCAACGUUCUUCAGGAGCAGGAAACUUUUACUAGGAGUCGCGACAGCACAGAUGCAUUGUAGUUAGCCUUGAUUGGGUAAUGUUCAACUUAGUUGUUUUUUGACUGUGUUUUCUACAGAUACAGUUAAUUUGUUAUUGUUUUAAGUAGCAGAUUUAUUUUUAGAUACUUUUUUCGUCCUUGUGACGCAAAAUGACCUGAUGUGGACCGCCGCUCAACAGCAGUACACUACAGCUGAUAGUUCGCAGUACACACAACAGCAAUACGCCGCCGCGGCUUACCAGCAGUACUACAACCAGUACGCGGCCACAGCUGCUCAACAACAGCAAUAUACAAGCACGCCUGCUGCGACUUCGCAGUACUACGGAGGUGGAGCAGCUACUACUACGGCAGCAGCCCCUCAGUAUUUUGGAUCCGGUUUCUAUCCUCAACAAAACCAAUAUUUGGCAGCCGCCCAACAACAACAAAUGCCGGCUGAGCUAGGAGACUCGCGUGGGGUGCUGCGCAUGAACUGGAGCUCGCGCAUGCAGUGCUUCUCCGGUUCAGGCAAUGGAACGCGUGGCCACUGGGAUUGUACGGGCGUCCGUCGCCUCGUCGGUGAGUGGGAGAAUCAAUUCAAGAGAAAACUUAGGAAGCUUUCUAAUAGUGCACCUCGCUAAACUGCUUUUCUAUAGUUUUACCUAGCGUAGUAUUUCUUACCACUCUACUACCCAUGACAUGAAAUGACUCCUAAUUGUACUAACCUGAUAUCCUUCUAAUAGUGCAGCGAAUUCCCGAUUUUACAUCGAACAGCUGGAUAUGUCUUUCAACAGCAUUGGGGAUCAUGGAGUGGAAGCCAUCUUCAGAUUCCUGAAGCAAUUCAAAGUGCAGGUUAAGUUAUGGUGCUGAGCAUAACUCCCUAUAUUAUUAAAUGUGUCAAUGCUCCCCUCCUAAAAGGUUCCUGAUCUCGCCCUCCUAAAGGUUCCUCUUGCUAUGACACCAGACAGAAGUUUUUAUUUUUCAUUUUUUAGUUGUUAGGGGCGCCCUGCUGAGUCCUUUCUCGGCUCGUGUUUCCUUUCUAAUGAUCGUGAUCAAGAUGUUCAAGAACACCUUUGGUGAUCAUGGUGCUUACUACAUUGCCGACUACCUGAAAGCGUUGGACAAGCCGGUGACCGAGCUCCAUCUGAGUGACAAUUAUAUUACGGAGAAAGGUUUCCGCGAUGUGAUGACCGCAGUUUCCACGAACCUGGCCUACCCGAUCCAAGCGGAAGAACAGCGAGUCCUCUGGAUCACACCAAUGUGGGUGCGGAUGGACAAUAAUUGUACUUUUAACUCUACUGUCUCAGUUCUAGUAUUUACAAUAUGCAGUAACUAGUAGUUCCUUCGAUGGUUCGGAUGUAGGUUUACGGUCAUCAUGGACGAUGGUAACAGAGACAACAGCAUGCAUUCGGAUGUAGUUCCUAUAGCCCCUAUUCGCGAUCAAUAAUGUCGCCUAGAUUGAUGACUGUAUUAAGUUGAAUCAUGAUGACAGGGACACACACAUGGCAUCUUAUCUGAAGCUGAGGAAAAGGUGGAGCUGGAAGCUGUAGUAGUGGUUGUUACUUGUGAAAUAAGAAGUUACCUUCGAAUUGAUGUUGAUGCAAUUAGUGUUCCAGGCAGUCAAUUACCCAUUCAAUUAGUUUCACUCAGUCAGUGAAUCACUUACACGCUUACGCUGCGUACGCUUCUUUUUUAUGCGUACUACAAAAGGUGUCCGCAAUUUUGGGACUUUUUUUCCUGCGUUGAACGAGGAGUUGACUAUGUACAGGAAAGAGGUGCAACCCGAGUUCAGUCCGUCGUUGGAAACUCACAGCGUGGAAGGCGUGCUGCGAAAUUUUGCAGAUAAGGAUGCGUCUAAAAACACAAACUACAAGGGUUAUCGCGUUGCGAAGGAGGGUCCGACAGGGUACUCGUCGCGCAACUUUCCGGCUGCGCACGUCAUCUUCGGCCAGCGACAGCGACUCACCGAUCGCAUUCCGGCAACGGCGAAUAGGGGUCGCCCAAGGGAUGCGCCGAAGAAUCUCUACGACGGUGCGACGGGAAUCAUGAUGCCGGACGAAGAACCUACCAGCAGAACGACAUUGCCGCCACCGGCCCAGACUUCCAGCAAGACGAGUUCUGUCAAUCUUAAGGCAUGAGUAUAUAAUAGAUAGAGAUAGUCUUCAUCCAAGAUAUAGUCAAAGAUACUGUUAGGUGGGGGCGUAAGCAGUAAAGGGAAAGAUCUCACUCUCAAGUAGAAGAGGCAAUCUUUACAACAGAACAGAAUUUUUCCACAAUCCAUAAUACUCAGAUCACGAAAGUCAAAGUGCAUGAAACUUUUUCAUUCAUGAUUUCGUUCUCCUCUAAGAUGUCAGCUCAGACUAACACGGUGAAGCAGAUUGUAUCUACCGGAUCGCUGACAAAACAACCAGGAAUCGCUGUGAUUGCUUCGAAAGGACAAGUGAAUCAACGAGAUGCGCAGAUGCGAGCAAGAUCGCGCUCCCCUAGAGGGGCCACAAACGGCUUGGCAAACGGUUCCUCAAUUAUGACUGAGAUCACCCCCGAAUGGAAUAACUAGAACUACUUUAUUUUUUUUCAUGACCAAGAUCGUGAAAGUCAAUCGCUUACACUCUUUGGAUAAUUGCUAUGUCUGUUGCAUCAGUAUAUGUAAGUCGCUUAACAUGAGAAAUGACUUGCCCACAUCAUCAUUUUACUCGUACAACUUGUGCUUUCGAGGAACGUGCUUGUUUCACCAAUCAUUGCUAAUAAAGAGACUACGAGCAAAGGCAAAGGAAAAGCUGCCGCUGCGCCUGUCAAGAAACCACCUCCGGCGCCGGUCGUGCCUACCUUGACGGAGGUUGUGGAAUCUGGCGGAGUCCCGGACCUGCUGGCCACCGGAGAAGACAUCGAGCCCUUAGAUGUAGGUAUGGACAUGGAAGCCUUGAUGAACGGCGAAGCCGAUGAGGACGGAGGUGGUAUGUACGGUACAGAAUUUCUUGUUGUAGGUAGUAUCUGCGCGUGACCAAGUACUACCUGUAGUUGUAUCUGAUUUUGUUUUUGCACCCGUGUCGGCUGCCAUUCUGUCUCUACGGUGACCAAGAACGGCCAUAACAGGGACAUACACAUGGCGUCUCCCUCUCUCAAAAUCCCCUCUCUUCACGAUCGUUCCAGGUUCUAUGGGUAACCUUCUUCCCGGUCAAAAAGAUAUCACCGAGCUGAUCAAAGAGCAUAAUCAAUUGCGGCAAACCAUGGGUCUGGAAGAGCUUCCCGCGAAGUGGAUGUACAUCAGAGACGAGGGCAAUUCGCGUAAAAUCUUCUAUUUCGACAUCGAGAACAACGUCCGAACACUGGAGCGAUCCGAUGUCUUUCCGGAAGAAUAUUAAGUCUGGAUCUGAAAUAGGAAGAUGGAGUGGAAGAAGAUCGAAGAGAAGGUAGUAAUCUUACAUCGACAGGGAUGCGAUGAUGAUGACGACAAGGAAUCUGCAAUGAAGAUUCGAGUAAGCUGUUCUUUUUCCCUACUGAGUAGGAUCAACAUACAUAGAUGCCUCUUCUGAGGUAGUUCAACCGAGAAGAAAACGAUGCGCAAAGAAGAGUGCGUAAUACGGAUUUCGCUACUGUACUUUGAGUUGAACGUUUAUUACGUAUGAGACAAUCCAGGGCUGCGUCCAGCGAUGCGAAGGAUGGCAGGAAGGGUAGGGAAUAGUGUUAGUCGCCCGGAAACUAUAGAUCGGUCUGAAACUAUAAUGUAUUCUAAUGCUGACGCAUGAAGGCCACCGGAAACGAGAGCCCGGCCCUCUGUCUCACACACAAAAAUUUUCUAUUUUUUACGGAUUAUGAUUACUUCUUAUCAAUCUCAACAAGAUGUAAAAAAUAUCUCGUGAACUGUAACACCUCUUCAAUGUAAGUAGCCGCAAAGUAGGGUGAUUUAACAGGCUUUGCUGGGAGACCUCUUGUGCCGAAGCAUGCUCUGGUACAAGAGGGUUUACAGAAACUCAGAAAAAAGAUCAAGAUCUUAAACAGGCGCAAAUGAAUGACAUGGUCGACUUUUAACGUCGUUACGACCGACUUCAGUUGCAUCUUCGGUUUUAGAUUUUAAAUGUGGUUGUUUUAGAGGCUAGAGGAGUAUUACAAAAAUAGAACUUUACGAAGUUCUUUUUCCGUCCGUCGUGGUGAUGAUGAAUUUCUUAUUACGAGCAACAUCUCUUAAGAAGGAAGCUUUCCCCCCUUUGAAUAUACGCAUAAUAUCAAGGAUGAGUGCACGAAGAUACCUCGGUGUCGGAUAUGGUGUCCGUUCAGCGAGGACUGAGCAAGCGCCCCUCAUCUACUCAAUCACACCAACAUUUUUCCCCUACUACGUACUAUUAAAACGCAUCUUGGUACGAUUUUAUUCUAGCGCACCCCAUGAAUCACGACUACUCCGCAGAAGAUGAGUCGGGCUGCAGCAGCAGGGACG